AUGAUGAGACAGAAGGACACCCGAAAUAUCGAUUACACUAAAUACUUUCCUCCUAUCAAGGAAUGGCUCUAUAUAUUAGACACUUUUCCACUGUGGUUAAAAGAAAGAGAUCAACAUGGUAAGAGGAAACUAGAUGUUCUCAAGGCAAAAUUUGGACAUGGACAUGAGGGUUGUGAAUGUGGUCAAAAUCAUGAAAUGCCUAAAUUAGCCAUUCCACCGAGAAGUCUUUUUCGUAAAGUUGAUGCAGACCUACCUUUUUCUACUUCAGAAGGGUCAAACUUCGGUUUUAGCUGGUUAGCCUGGCAAACAGCUGCUAAAUAUGCUGGUGCGAAACAGCCUGCUUUCUCUUUGUCCGCACUUCUGAAGCCCUGCAAGAAUGCCCUCGAUUACCAUGUCAGCAUGCUCCGGAGCUGGCAAGAAGAUCACAGUCUGUUUAAUCUAGAUCUAGUGGAGCUCAUGCAAACCAGAGGUAGACAAGCAUUGACUCAAGUUACAAAAGACACAUCGAUUCACAUAGAAUACGGGGUAUUACACGAAUUCUUACACUUCCUUGACUUCACACAAAGGACAUCACUGCGACUGGAGUAUUGUGAGAACAGAGGAAAGGCAUAUUGCCAGGAAGUUUCGCGUGAGAAAAAAGCAGACUCGGAUAUUCAAUUCCAUGACUAUUUACUUGGUAUCCCCAAAGUCGACUAUACGUUUGACUACUCGCCUAAAACCCUUUAUCGCGAAUCUUACAUCGACUAUAUAGUUAUGGGUUUCUUCCAUAAAUUCAAGAAUAUUCAUACCAACCGAUAUAGCUUCGAGCACUACUUACUCGCGUAUGAGCAGGCAGUCAAAGAUGAGUCACAAUUAGCACAUGGACUAUCACGUGUAUUACAGCAAUACAUUGGGGAAGAGUCAAUGACUCAAGAGGUCGAUCAAGCUCUUCAUGCCUUAUUGUUUGGAACGGGAUGUCAAGCCAACGGCUUCUCACCUCCCCCUUCUUCCUGCAUGAUAAACCGUAUGGUAUGUAUCAGGGAUUUUCUGGAUCAAGCUCGAACAGUUUUCGGACAACCCUUUGGUGACAUAGAGGAGAUAUUUAAACAGGGGAAGAUAACCGAAGAUGGGUGUGCAGCUCUGUGGAAGCAUUGGAAUACUGCAUCUAUCAAACUAUUCGAUAAGCCAAUCAAUGUCCUCUUGGACGUUGAGGAUCUGCUCGCUCCUCCAGAACCACAUUGGCAACCUUCACCUGUGCCUGUUGAAGUUGGAGCAGCGCAAGACUUGGACAUUUUAGUAAAUGGAUUCUCCCAGGUUUUCAUCGCUGAAUCUGGUCAUAACUAUUACAAAACCAACUUAGCUGAUUCAGCUUCUAUCAUCAAAAUCAAAACUCGAAAAGCUACCUGGGCAACUCCUGCUUGUGACACUGCCCAGGAAGCGGUCGCUUCUGGUUCAAAAACGCCGCUCAUCAAUACGCCUAAAGGCAGGUUUCUGAUAAACAAGAAGCAGAUGGAACUGGUUGAAAAGCUUUUCAGCCAAUCUUCCGAAGAAGACGGUCAAGGUAAAGUAAGAUGGAAUGAUAUAUACAAGCUCAUGAGACGAAUCGGAUUUGCUAUCGAUCACGUAGGAGGAUCUAUCAUCCGAUUCACCCCACCUAACGAAGCAGGUAUCCCAUUCAAUGAACAUCGGCCUCAUCCUGAAGUGUCGAUCCCUGCUAUCAGAUACAGAGCCUUUGGUAAACGUCUCGCUGAUCGAUAUGGGUGGUCUAUAGACUGGUUUGAAAGAGUAGCUCAGGGAAUUUGA